GGCAUUCGCAAUGGACGCAAUGGACGCUUGGCUAAACGACAUCUAGCCAAACAGUCCUGAAGACGUCAGGAGGGAGGAAACCUGGCGCCCUAGGAUUUGGAACUUUUGUGGUUCACGUGUUUGGGGCCGGCAGCGAGUGCAUCUGCUAAAGCGGGAAUGUGCUAAGCGAAUGGCACAUUGAGGGGCGCUUGGGAACAAACAAGCUGGAAGAACCACCCGACCUGGUGCAUCUUUGAGCACAGUCCCAUGACGUCCAUUUUGGAGGCGCACAAUGUGAAGGUGUACGGGACAGGCGAGAAAGUGGCCUUCUUAUCGCAUGGCUUUGGGACAGACCAGACAGCUUGGAAACAUGUAGCGUCCGAUCUGGUCAGAGACCACCGAGUUGUGGUGUACGACAUGAUGGGGGCCGGGACAACAAAUGCGGACAACUUUCCCUUCUCGCGGUACAGCAGUUUGCACGCAUAUGCGGACGAUGUGCUGGCGAUCCUGGACGAGCUCGGCGUCGAACGGUGCGUCUAUGUGGGCCACUCUGUCUCGAGCAUGAUUGGUUUCCUGGCGUCAAUUGAGCGGCCACAGGUCUUCGAGAAGAUCGUCUGCUUCUCUGCUUCGCCAAGGUAUCUCAAUGACGAGAACUACUUUGGUGGGAACGAGGUGGCUGAUCUGGAGGCCCUGUUCGAAGCCAUGUCGUCCAACUACAAGACGUGGGUUGCUGGCUUUGCGCCCCUGGCCGUGUUGGGGCCUGCGGACAGCCCGGGAGUGCAAGAGUUCUCCCGGACGCUUUUCAGCUUGCGGCCGGACAUCGCGCUGAGCGUUAGCCGGACAAUAUACUUCUCGGAUUACAGGGCCAUCCUUCCUCAGGUUUCGGUACCAGUUCACCUGCUUCAAAGUCGAAACGACUUGGCUGUGCCGGAGUUUGUUACAAAUUAUGUUGCUUCUCACCUCCACAACUGCGUGGUCGAGUAUCUCCCUAUCGAAGGGCAUCUCCCGCAUCUUGCUCAACCAGAGCUUAUGACCGAAGCCAUACGACGGCACAUCGAGCAGCCGCCAUAGACAACCUUUUCCUUGCGGGGUAAACUAACAUUAAGCUUAAGCUUCGGGAAUUGGCCUAGUCUUUACUAAUAUGAAAGACUGCUGGAUCACACGAUGAUAAGCAAUAAGUACAAAGAAGAAAGACACGACGGUUGGCUUUUGUCAGCUGCGGUUGUAAAUUAAGAAUGGCGCAUGCAUUUCGAGUGUUGAUCAUGCUAUAUUAGUUCAUUGAGGACAAUGGAGAGCCAACACAAAUGUCGGCCGGCACAGUGCUAGGUGGCCCAUACGUGGAUGGUGUCAGCACAUGUAGGAUUAUUGAUUCAAAAGAUUACCACGUAACAUGCUGCGUGCAUGACCACCAGUAGAUAUGUACGUGCUCAGCCGUCCUGUUUGUACAACUUCAAGAAUUAUUCAAGUUCAGCGCAACC